UGCAGAAUGGAAUGAAUCUGUAAGACUCGCACCGAACCAAGUCUUCCUUGCGCGCGAGCUCCGUCCAUCAUUUCCGCGACACAGCUGCCAGAGCGAAGAGGAGGCAUUUGCUUCGAUGGCGGAGGUGCCCGAGACGCCGUCGUCCACCUCACAGCCCCCGCCACCGCCGCCACCGCCUCCGCCGCCGUCGUCGUCGUCGCCGGAGAAAUCUCCUCAAGGCACCAUUCGGCUACAAACGCAGGUUCCAUUAUCCUCUGCUUUUCCAGUUCCCGGAAAUGGUGAUAUGCAAAUGUUCCCCAUCUUCUAUCCUACCCUAGGUCCCAGCCUAAGUAAUUCGCAAAAUCAAGAGCAGACAAAUAGGGGAGCUGGCAUCUACGCAGUUCCAGUUUCUUCCUACCUUGGGUCCUUUUCUGGACUUCAAUCCAACACCCUUAUCCCUCUUACCUAUAAUAUACCAACUAGAAGAGUUCAUGAGGCGGGGUCAACAGGUGAGGAACAGGGGCAGGUGGGCCACCAGCAACAGAACCCCCAGCAACAUCCUGCACCUCAGAGACAAGUUGUUGUGAGGAGAUUUCAGAUUGCAAUUCAGCUUGAUUUGUUUCUCAUAGUAAAGCUGGCUGCUGUGAUAUUUUUGUUCAACCAAGAUGGAUCAAGACAAAGGCUGGUUGUCCUUGUGUUUUUUGCUUCCCUCAUUUAUCUGUAUCAAACUGGAGCUCUGGCACCAUUGAUUCGAUGGCUUUCUCAAGGCAUGCAGAGAGCAGCUGCACCUCCUCAUCCACCAAGGCCUGCUGUCAGAGCUGAGAAUGACCCACCUGCUGCAGGUCAAGGAAACGAAAAUCGGCCUCUGGCAGCUGACGGACAAGCUGGCGCUGAGAAUGAGAACCGUGCAGUGGAAGAUGAUGGAAAUCUGGCAGCUGAGAACCGGAAUCCAGCAGAACCGGGUGCCGAGAAUGGGGCCAAUAAUUGGUGGGGGAUUGUGAAGGAGAUCCAGAUGAUUGUCUUUGGUUUUAUCUCUUCCUUGCUCCCCGGUUUUCACAACAUUGAUUAGAUUAAGCAGUUUAGCCAAGAAGUGGCUUGAGAGGCUCAAUUUAAUGCUUUUUUGUUUUUUGAAAUAAAUGUACAAAAAUCAUAGCUGGAUAUGUGUUGAUAUAGGGGGAGAGAGAUACAUUACAGGAACAGAAGGAUCUUGGAUAAAUUGGAUUUGAACCAUUCAGUCGUUUCUCCUGUUUUUAUGAAACCUAUAUCAAUCCAAAGGAUUUGCUUACAA